CAGCCUACCGCACGCUGCACUCGGGACAACGGAGCCAGCCUGAACCCAUUGCAUUCGCUCAUGAAGAUGUCCAACAAUGACAUUAAUAUAUCGUCCACGGAAAGGAUGGUAAAAUCUGUUCCUUUCCCAUUAAGUCAUCGACUCACCAUGAAGGAAGUAUUUGAUUGUGAUGGCAAGCCACGGGUCGACCUUUUGAAAGCUCAUCUCACCAAGGAGGGAAGAGUAGAAGAAAAUGUAGCACUUCGAAUUAUUAAUGAAGGAGCUUCUAUUCUUCGCCAAGAAAAAACAAUGUUGGAUAUAGAGGCUCCCGUAACAGUUUGUGGAGACAUUCAUGGUCAAUUCUUUGACUUAAUGAAGCUCUUUGAAGUGGGUGGGUCACCAGCCACUACUCGCUACCUCUUUCUGGGAGACUAUGUGGACCGGGGCUACUUCAGUAUUGAGUGUGUUUUGUAUCUGUGGUCGUUGAAAAUUCUGUAUCCAAAGACACUGUUUUUACUCCGUGGAAACCACGAAUGUAGACAUUUGACAGAAUAUUUCACUUUCAAACAAGAAUGUAAAAUCAAGUAUUCAGAACAGAUAUAUGAUGCAUGUAUGGAAGCCUUCGACUGCCUACCCCUCGCGGCUCUGAUGAACCAACAAUUUCUUUGUGUACAUGGAGGCCUUUCCCCUGAAAUACACACCCUGGAUGAUAUAAAAAAGUUAGACAGAUUUAAAGAGCCACCAGCAUUUGGUCCUAUGUGUGAUCUGUUAUGGUCAGAUCCUUUGGAAGAUUUUGGAAAUGAAAAGACACAGGAAUAUUUCAGUCAUAAUACAGUGAGAGGGUGCUCUUAUUUUUAUAGUUAUCCUGCCGUUUGUGAGUUCCUGCAAAACAAUAAUUUAUUAUCAGUUAUUCGAGCCCAUGAAGCACAAGAUGCAGGCUAUCGCAUGUACAGGAAGAGCCAAACUACGGGUUUCCCAUCACUUAUCACAAUCUUUUCUGCACCAAACUACCUUGAUGUUUACAAUAACAAAGCUGCAGUAUUGAAAUAUGAAAACAAUGUUAUGAAUAUUCGGCAAUUCAAUUGUUCUCCCCAUCCUUACUGGCUACCAAAUUUUAUGGAUGUUUUUACUUGGUCUUUACCAUUUGUUGGUGAAAAAGUGACAGAGAUGUUGGUGAAUGUUCUAAAUAUCUGCUCUGAUGAUGAACUCAUGACAGACGGAGAUGAGAUAUUUGAUGCAAAUGCUGCUGCAGCUCGAAAAGAGGUUAUCAGGAACAAAAUUCGAGCGAUUGGCAAAAUGGCGAGAGUGUUUUCUGUGCUCAGAGAGGAGAGUGAGAGUGUUUUAACUUUGAAAGGUCUGACUCCAACCGGUAUGCUGCCUAGUGGAGUGCUGUCAGGAGGCAAGCAGACUUUACAAAGCGCCAUUCGAGGAUUUACACCUCAGCAUAAAAUUAGUAGUUUUGAAGAAGCAAAAGGCCUGGACCGUAUCAAUGAGAGAAUGCCGCCUCGAAGAGAUGCAGUCUCCAAUUCUGGCAUUGUUCAUUCAACUGGGAAAAUGAAUAUGUCCGAAUCAAAUGGGACAGAUGACAACAGCAACAUACAGUGAUCUGCUUUUAAGACUUCAAUAUCUCUGCAGUUGUACUGUGUCAACUGUUUGGUGUUCCAGCCUCUGAUAUCCAAGACAGCACACUGCUCAUUCAGAAGCAAAGAGUUUGAAUAAAUUUAUAAAAAGAAAACACAAACCCCAAAAACUUCCACUCAGAAAAUUAGUGUUAGAAAACUGGAAACCUUAGCCAUCUUGUUUAGAGGGACUGCCAUCAGUGCUUAUAGACAAGGUGAGACUCAAUGCAGGUUAAGUAUUAAAGCGUGCUCUGAGGCUGUUCAUUUGUUUACUUAUUUUCUUUAAUGAAAGCAAGGGUAGACAUUUACAAAGAUUUCUUGUAAACUUGGGUAAAUUGUUUCACAUUGAUACAUCCAAUGGUGCAUUUGAGAACUAGCACCAAGCAUUUCAAAACUGUUAAAAAUAAAAUAUGUCAUGCAUAAAUAUAGUUAUAUGAUUAAUAUAACUUAAUUUAAAAUAAAAGUUUUGCUACUAGUAUUAAAAUUCUGGAAUUAUAUUAGUCUUAGAAAAACAAAUUUGAAGUUGCAAAAUAUUUCAAAUGCCAAAUACCAAAUGAUUCUGUUUUGUAUAAAUUUCCCUGCCCAACUUCUGUGUAUUUGGAUGCUAUCAGGUCUGUUUGAUGGUUAUCUAAUAUCCGAUCAUGUUGCUUGUAACUGGAAUCUAAAUUACUGGUAUUUAUUGUUUUGUUGCUAAGUUCUGACAUAAACUAACUAGGUUUUGCUUGUCACUUGCUGGUAAUGAACAAUUACAAAUGGCACAGUAUUUUUUGUAAAGUAAUUAACGUGCACCACUAUAGUGCCAGACUUAGGAUUUGUACAGCAUCUAUAGAAUGCAUUUAUGCAUGUGGUUAAGUUUCUUAACAAUAUGUGGAGCUAUAUUUGUGCUGUGUUUAAAAAAAUCUGGCUGUGUUGUAUUCUUACUUGCUUUCUCUCUGCAGAAUUGGUAAAGCUUUUGAGUUAUUGCAAUAGGUGUACAAACAUUGAAGUUACUUUGACAGUUGAAACUAUUUGUAUUUUUUAAGUUCUCCGUGUGUAAAGGAGUGGCUGAUAGCACGAAUGAGCAUAUUCAGUGAAACGUUGACUAGUCCAAAGCAACAUGUUUGGCUGCCAAUGCAUGAUAGCAUGGGUAUCAAAACUGUUAAAUUAAUCAAGGCACAGUGUGGUGCCUCACUAAAAGUUUAAAGUUAAGCAUAUUAUCCAUUUUCUUCCACUCUUUGUUAUCUCUUGCUUUGUCAAAGCGUGAAAACUUUUUGAAGAUUUUCAUGGAUCUGAUCUUGUAAUUCCUCUUGUAAUUUUCUCAUCUGGAACCAAGGCUUCACAUUUAACUUGUUAUUUGAAACUCUGACAUUGUAAGCAUGUCCUCUGGAAACUCAGAAACACUUUUUUUACUAUUCAAUAAAAUG